AUGAAGCAUUCAUUGCUCCUGUCAGUCGCUUACGGACUUCUGUUUAGUCCUCUGGCGACCUCGGCACCGACAGCUAAGCCAGUGAAGCUUCGAGUGCGGUCAGAUGACCUCGAGGCCCUCCGCGCUAAAAGGGCUGACGAAGCCACCGCUCUCUACGCUUAUAUUGCAGCCGACUCCGAGCUCAAUAAGCGUGAUGAAGAGGCUACUGCUCUAUAUGCCUACAUUGCAGCCGACUCCGAGCUCGACAAGCGUGACGAAGAGGCUACUGCUCUAUACGCCUACAUUGCUGCUGACUCCGAGCUCGAAAAACGGGAUGAAGAAGCCACUGCUUUGUAUGCGUACAUCGCUGCUGACAGUGAAUUGGAAAACAAUUGA